UGAGCGUGGCUAUAGUCAGCUCGCUCUUGCAGUGUGGUCCAGCGCAUGGUAAAAAGUUAGAGUAAAACUUUUGGAGCGAUAAUAUUUGAAACCAAAUCUAAUUCCCGGCCAAAUCAGUUCGUCUGCUCUCGGAAAAUUGUUUAAUUACAUAGGCGACAAAACGUUUAUUUUUUUUACUCACGUGUUAAAUCACACUUUAAAAAAAGAAAAAAAAAAAAAAAUCCAAUCACUAUAUUUCGUUUGACUUCCGUUUCAAUGUCGGUGUUUCUGCAAGACGUCCGUUCCUCCGCGCUGCCUCUCAUUCAUCUGGCAGAAGAGAGGAGCCCGCGUCCGAGGAUACAAUGAAGCAGUGUGUCCUUGUCCGAGACAAUGCAGCAAGAUGCUACGAAGGGACGAUACUGUUUCUCACAAGAUCAGGGACGUUUUGCUCGAUCGCAGAGAGAGACCAGCUAAAGCUUUCUUAUUGCAGAUUGAAGCUUUAGCCUCUGCAUGACAAGCGAUGACCAGCACACAGACCAGACUCUAGACGUACAAAGCCAGGACUCAAGGAUGAAGACCAAAUAUGCAAUUGUCUUCAUCUGUAUUGUUGCCCUGGUCAUCAUCGAAAAGGAAAGCAAUAUCCUGUCUAGAGUCUCUGAUAAGCUGAUCCAGAGGCAGACUCCUCAGCAGACCCCACAGACUCCACUGGAUUACAGCAACACGACACAAAAUGGCUCCCUGACGGUGCUCAAAAUGCUGCUUUCUAAACUCACCGGUACAAAAGGGAGUUACUCAAACUUCUCUGACGGGCAAGAAGAGGACGAACUGGAUGAUGUAGGCACGUACAGCUACAGCGGUGGCCGCAAGCACAUAUUACUCUUGGCCACCACGCGAACAGGUUCCUCAUUUGUGGGGGAGUUUUUCAACCAGCAUGGGGAGAACAUGUUCUACCUGUUUGAGCCCUUGUGGCACGUGGAGCGCAUGCUGACCAUGGCCACAGAGGCAAACAAUGGGACAGUGUUGGCAGGAAUCUACCGGGAUGUACUCCAGGGGCUCUUCCUGUGUGAUUUCUCUCCUCUUGAGAAGUUCAUCUCCCCCCCACCUCAGGAACACGUCACCCCGGCUCUUUUCCGCAGAGAGUCCAGUUUAUCGCUCUGUGAGGAACCUGUCUGCACUCCUGUAAUAAAAGAUGUUUUUGAGAGGUAUCACUGUAAGACUCGUCGCUGCGGGCCGCUGAACUUGACCCUUGCAUCUGAAUCCUGCCUUUCCAAGCAACAUCAUGCCAUUAAGACUGUCCGUGUGCGCCAGCUGGACACAUUGCAGCCUUUGGUGGAGGACCCUCGCCUGGAUGUGAGAGUGAUCCAGCUGGUACGAGAUCCACGGGCCAUCUUAGCAUCCCGCAUGGUGGCCUUCUCUGCAAAGUACCAGACGUGGAAGGCCUGGGCGCAGGGCGGCCAGGUGCCUGAAGAUGACGAAGAGGUGAAGAGGCUCAAAGGAAACUGUGACCAAAUUAGGAUGUCUGCAGAGGUGGGAUUGAGCCAACCUCGCUGGCUGCGGAGGCGCUACAUGUUGGUGCGCUAUGAAGAUAUUGCCCGCUAUCCUAUGCAGAAGGCUGAGGAUAUGUACAAGUUCACAGGGAUACCAUUUAGUCCCCAAGCUAGGGAGUGGAUUCUGAGGAACACCCAGACCACACAAGAAGCUAGCGGAAUUUACUCCACCCAGAAGAACUCAUCAGAGCAGGCAGAGAAAUGGAGGUUUAGCAUUCCCUUUACACUGGCUCAGGUAGUGCAGAGAGUGUGUGGACCCACCAUGAAGCUGUUUGGAUACAGGUUUGUGGAUGAUGAAAAGACACUGAUCAAUAAGUCCAUCAGUUUGCUUGAGGAAAGACUGUUUCACUAGUGUUAAACUCACAAAUGUAGCUGUUAAGCAAGGAGCCAGGAGAAGCCAUUAUUGCACAAACCAAAACUAGUAAGCAAAGGUGCCAUAAAAGACACAAGUUUUACUGGUGACUGAACUUGGGCCAUACAGUAAUAUUCAUACGCACCAAUUAUGUGCCUCAUUGUAACAAUGAAGAGCCACUUGUUAAAGAAAAGUAUUUAUUUGCAUACUGUGUUCACUGAGGAAGCCUGGUACUUAAGCUUUAUGUUAUGCUUUGUGUUUCAAUUAUAUGAAAUAAGCAUAGAUGUCAAGCCUGACAGAUUACCUGAGAUUAUUAUGUAUAAGAUUUUAUUGAUAGUUGAUUGUGUUAGAUUUUCAGGGAUAAACUACAGUGAAAGUGAAAGUGAUGUGUAUGUGUUUUGUUUGUGUGUCUGAGUGUGUGUGUUUGUGUCUGAUGAGUGGAUUUCUGCUCAUACUGUUAAUGACGUUAACGCUUAAUACUGUCUACUUCAGCCUGUUUUGUAUUUUAAUAGAUCUGCAAUAGUCUAGGCAACUGAUAUAAUCACUUUAGAUUAGACCUGAUGUGGGCUGAUAGGGCUUUUCAUAAAUGACUCAGGUAAAGUGAAUAUUGAAUAGCAUUUUGUGCCAUCUUGCCGAGUAUUCAUAUCCUCCCAACAGUGCACAACAGUGCACUGUGUGAAAAUGCAGUAUACUCUCUGAUGUCUUUUUAUGCCCUUUAAGGUAGUUUUCUUGUGAUGUAUUGCAUGCAAGCCACCAGAAAAUACCAUAGAAAAAAGGUCAGUUAAGAUGGAUAUACAGCAUAAUACUCAUGAGGUUUAAUUAAAUUAUGUUAUAUUAUAGAAGAAAUAUGCUUUACCUCAGACACCUAUAUGUGUCUUCAACCUUCAAGCGCUCUUUUUCUCAGUAGCUACCCAGUAACCACAGUUGUAGUAAUGUAUUUCUCAGUGCUGCUUCCCCACCUCUAAGUAAACAGGCAGUUUGGGUGUAUCUUACAAAAGCAGCUUCUCUGGUAAUAACCUGCUGCUCCUGGCGGCAGGCCGCUCAGAAUCAAAGGUGUUAAGACAGAGCUGAUCCAUUUAUGUCAGACAAGUUUGUUCAUGGACACACAAUUGAAAUUGCUGUGCAAGUAGUUUUUAAAGUAUUCUACAAGUUAAGUUAAAAUAAUAAAAUCACCAUAAAUUUUAGGACAUGUAAAUUUUAGUUAUAGGUUUUGAGAUCCUUGUAUGUUGAUGGUCUUGAGAAAUAAUAUAUACAAUGUAUGUAUGUAACUCUGUUAAUGUGGCCUAUCACUUUAAGUGAAACCCAGGUGCUGUUGCGUUAACUGUCACUCUUGAUGGUAUAUAAAGGUAUCCACUGUGACUCCAGUUCAAUAGCAGCAUUGUGUUCAGCUUGGCUGAGGCACUGCUGAAACUGCUGUGCCGCUCAUGGAAAAGGGAUAUGUAUUAGAGGUACAUAUAGUGGUGGGCUUAUACUACCUCAGUGUUGAAAACCUAAAUAUGAAUACUGGCAGGCCUUGAAUUUCCCAGAUUCUUUACUGAAGUAUCUACACCAAAAAGAACACUGAAAUACCAAGUGGAACUGAAACAAUGGGUGUAGUCAGAGUAUGCGUUUAGCUAAUUCAGAUGGCAAUUCAUUUGCGAUAGUAAUCUAGGAGCAGUAUAGUUUUGCAAUUAAUCCUUUGCCAUUAAGAUAUAUGUUUGACUGUUGGUGAUUUGACCUUCAGAGAAAAAUUGCCAUCUUUAAUUAAAUGUUUUCAUAUAGAAAAAGUAUCAAAAAUAUCAAUAGAAAGUCCAAUGUCUCUGGCUUUUGGGAGUCAAAUCUCAAGUUUGUCAAGUCACACAGCAGUCAAGUCCAAGUCUUCAGUCUCAUUUUUAUGACUGAAUUCUGAUUGAGUCCAAGUCAACAACUCAAGCUGAUGAUGACAUGGAUUAAAUGAAGAUUAAUGUGGGAUUGUUUACUCAGUUGCAUUCUCUCAUUCUAGUGCCACAUGCAAAUGCAUGCUGUUGCCAGGGAUCCCCCAAAAGGCUGAGUGGGAAGAAGCUGGAGAAAAAAGGCUGAAACAAGGAGCCUAUUCAAGUCAGCAUUCUUUCUGUCUGUUUCAUGCCCCAGCUGAGAAAAAAACACUUUAGAGUUCACAGCUGUUGGUCAAGCUGAUUUUCUCCCAGAUCAUUUCCCUGAUGCCCAAUAUUCCCACAGCCACAUAGCAGAUGUUUCCAUCUGUUAAAAGAGGAAAAAGUCGUGGUGAUAAGCCAGUGAAGAGCCAAAUCCACCAGUCUCAGAAUUUCCUCAAGGUAUCGGUUGUUGUUUUUGACCACUAGAGGUGCUGUAGAGUGAUGAGUUUUACAAACGAUAAUGUUUUACAAGCACAAGGAUGUGCAUGGACACUAUGAAAUAACAGGUGAUGUGGUUCACAACUCUGUUGACUGCAUAGUUUAGAAUCAGAAUCGACGAUCUUUCCCUAACCUUAACCAAAAUGCCUUUGUUGCCUAAACCUAGCCACAGACAGGAUGCUGAAUUCUACAGAAUGUAUUUUUAUUUGCUGUUACAGUUUAGUUGUCUGUAAAUGUAAUGUACCGGGAAGUGGGUUGCUGACUUUCUGACAGUAAAUGGCAAAUGAAGUUAAAGUUGUUUGAACAUGAACAUGUCACAUACAGUCACAUAAUAGAUUUCAAAUACAAAUAAGCAGUUUUGAAUUCACUGGACACAGGAACUGGGCUUUUAAUACCCUGCAUCUCUAUGUUCUGUUUUUAGUGAUAGGGAUUUAAUCAUUAAACGUAAUCAAAUCAGUUUGCACUCUUAGUUGGAAUAACAGAGUGGUGCCUCAGCUGGCUCUGGGAAAUUGAUCUCUCAAGAAUAAUAUGCUACACUGAGGUCUAAUAAAACAAUGUGUUUAUGUGUCAGUGGAGAACUGAGGGUAAAGACAGAUUGCUUUAAGUUACGUGUUGGUUCACGGGAUGACAUCAGAGGAAGGAGAGUGACUCACAUGUGACCCAGGUGCAGUCUUUUAAACUAAAAUCAUUGUGCUCACAGAGCAAUUGACAUGAACAUAGAUGUAGAGUUUAUAGAGAGGAUUACAACAGCCACAUUUUGAUUGAGUACAUAUAAAAGAUAAGUCCACAAAAAUUACAUCCUUGUUGUCUUAAAUACUGACUUUAAUUCCAUAAACAUGUUAUCUGCCUUAUCUUUUUUAGGGAAAGGAGAGUCCUCAAAUGAACAGAUAGCUGCACUGUGAAGAAAAUCUGAAGUGAAGUCCAAAAAUCCAAAGUCUUGAACACUGACUCGUGUACUUGUGUCUGACAGGUUCUUUUUUUUCUCUGAAUAUCCUCAGUUGGCUUCUCCUCUUAUCCUAAACCUAAACUUAAAAUAAACUAAUCAGCUCUGACUUGGUUCCUCAGGUCGAAUCUUCGUAAUGUUUACAUGCUCCUGUACCAGAUGGCAAUUAUAGAUGCAACAUUCUGCUCAAUGCAAUCACGUACACAGAUGCAAUCACUUCAGACAUCCUCUGUCUGGACAGAGAAAAAUUCCUAUUUGUGGAAUCAUUUCCCGAUUGUCACAGUGAAUUAUUUAUUUGAUUACUUGUCCACGAGAAAUAGCUUUUUGUUGAUAAGACAGAAAAGGAACUAAGUGUUUGGAUAACUAAAUGCUGAGGUACCGCCUCAGUAAAAUAUGCAGUUACUGCACAGGUUUCAUACAUUUUUUCAUAUUAUCAUAUUUAAUGAUAAAUGUUUUCUCUUUUUCUAGCAAACCUUGAAUACUGUGUGUGUGAUUCUCUUCAUUUUUGUAUCCUCCUGCAUCCAAAUAUUUUAUUCUUUCCACUGUGUUUACUGCUUUCUUGAAUGUGAAUAUAUUAAUACUGAAGAGCUUCUUCUCUAUGGACUCUGUUUCUAUGUUCAUGCUGAUUGCCAUGUGAGCUCCCUGAUUUGAUUCACCUGCCCCAUACUCUAUAUAUGUAACCCAGAUGGCUUGGCUCCCUCUCUUCAAGAAGGCAGAAGUAGUGUAAUGUUGUGAUACCUGUUUUACUCAAGCAAACAACUUGAACUUUGUCUUUCACUGAUGGUUUU